CACUGCACUGUAUAAAUAGUUCUGGCGAGAGUGUUACCCAAGGCUCCAUGCUUGGCACAGCCACGAAGCAGAAAGUUCUUGAGGGAAAGUUGACAAUAGUUGCUAAAAGUUUUGAAAACCCACAAAUUCUUUAACAUCAAUCCCAGCCUGCCUUCGGGAGGAGCCCAAAGUUGUUGUCCAGCAAAACUGGGGACAAUGUGGUAUAAUGGCUUGUGUACAGGAUCAGGAGGUCUGGAGACCUGGCUUCUGUCCCCAGCUUUGCCACUGACAUUUGCUUGUCCUUAGACAAGUUACUUCAUCUCUCUGUGCCUCAGUUUCCUUACAGGGGUAAUACCCACUUGGGAGCCUUUUGAUAAAAUUUGCAGUGCCAGUGCAUAGCAGGGUCCUUAUGAAAUGCCAGCCUAAAAAACUAAGUAGUGUGCUGACUGUGAGUUCAGAGGCCUUCCUUUCCCUUCUGUUUUAACACUGACCACAGCAUUAUUGUGUGUGACCAAUAAGUGUGAGCAGCUGGUGCUUCAUAUGCCUGUUUGAUUCCAGCCAAGCCAACAUCUGGCUUCGAAAAGGCAGAGCUGGAGCGCAAGGAGGAAAACUAACCUUUGUUCAAGCCCUGAAUCUGCUGUGAAGGAAGAUGAUGGUUGUGGACAGCUCUGUGUGUGUGUGUCUCUCUCUGUGGUUAACCCCUAGCAAAUCCAAAACCAAUGACUCGUUUGCAUGCUUUGUACAUGUGGCAUUGCUGAUUCACCCACCGGACAUUACACAUGCUCAUUGCUUUACUAGAUGGGGUAACUCAGGACAGAGAAGAGAGAUUCCUGUUAAACACUUGUUUUGUCUCCUCUGGUCUCCCCUCCUGCUCACAGACUGAGCCAGCUUUUGACAUGGAUUUCACCAGAUGUGAUCUUAAUUCAUUGCUAAACUGGCUGAGUCAGUGGUUCUCCAACCUUCCAUAACGUGAACACCCUGUUCCAUACCAUUCUUCUCCCUCCCUGGCUAGCCAGGACCUAGCCCAUCUAGCAAUAUGAGAAUGGCAAGAUGUUCACAACGUCUGGGUUAAUAAUAAAAAUUCACACUUUUCAUUGGAAGAUUUCACAGAGGAGGAGGAGAAGUAUCAUACAGAUAGGGAGAUUGAGGCUCAAUGUCAUCCCGUAGGCCAGCAGCUAAGCCAAGAAGAGAAUCCAGGUUUCAGUCCAGUGCUCUAUCCAUUAGGAAAUACUGCCUCUAAUUUUAAGGGAUUAGAUUGUAUUCCUUUGCCUUCCCUCUUCCUGCCCAAAAAGACCCACACUGGGUUCUGUUAAUCACACUACAGAGGAUUUCUGAAAGGGGGCUGGACAGGGGCAGGGGACGGACAGACAUCCCCUUGGAGGGGAAAUUGAAUGUGUUACUGUUUACAAAAAGGACUGUAUGGCACCAAAUGUCCAAGUUAACUGCACAGGUACAACCUGCCUUCACCAUUUUCUACAGCAUUUUCAGGUGCUGCCAUCCCUUUCCCCUGCCCCAUAUUGUGUCUGUUCUGUUCCCUCGUGAUGCUAACCCUGCACCUUGACACAUCCUGCUAGGAAUACGUACUAUUAGUCUAGCUUCUCUGAUGAAGCUGUGGGGUGAGGGAGUGUGGGCUAUUGGCUCUCAGUUCUCGUCUGUAACCAAGACUUCUCCAGGAGAUUUGUUCUUGGGUCUGCCACUGCCUGCCUAUAUGGCCCUGGUCAAGUCACUUAGGCUGGGAUUUUGAAAGAUUCUUGCCUCUCUUAGGCAUCCAAUCUUCCUGAAACUCAAUGGAAUUUGGACACUUGACCCCUUUCGGCACUUCAAUGACUCACUUGCCCCCUGUAAAAAUGGUGGGGGGAGGGGUGACACUGCAGUGAGUAUCAAGGUUUAAUAACCCAGAGCACGGUUUUACCAUGAUGGACAUGAGGUUGAUAUGUGUAUUGUUACAUAUUUUUUGAUGGUGCAGCCUUCAUCAGAAGUAGCUAGAAUUUUCCCCAUUAUGGCCACAAAUUCCAAAAGUUGUUCCACUGAAAACAACACAUUUAAGGGAAAGAUAAAGUUGGAAGUCCAAGAGGAAAAUUUGACCUCCUGAGUAGCAACCACAUUUCCAAGAAUUCCUCUGUGGGCAAGCGGACAAUCGUGAUGUGUGAUCUCCUUGGGUCACACUGUUGCAGACCUCAGAACUAUUGACCUCAGAUGGGAUGAAGAAUAGAAUUUAACUGAAUCAACUGUUUUUUCACUUAUUGCUGAGCCAGGAUUUUUCUGCUGUGUAACAACACUUAACUCAAAGGAGGCAACUGUGUGCAUGGUGCUUUGAGAUCCUCUGGUGAAAGGCACCAAAGUGUGACUUAAAAAAACCCCUGCUUCUUCUUUAAUUUUUUUCUUGACUUUAAAUGUCCUUGUGUAAUCUGACAUGCUUAUCUUAAAGAAUCUGAGGGUCUGAUCUUACCCAUGUGAGUAAACAGAAAUAUUGGGCCCCUGCAGAGCUUUUCAAAAUGCAAGUUUGCUUCCCAUAUCUGUGUGGAUUGACCCAUUUUCCCUUAGGUGUAGCUUAACUAGUAAUGCUUUUCUAUGGAGACAUAUUAACAUCCCUCCUUUCAUUGUUGCUUUCACACUGAUAUUUUAAUGCCCGCAUAUGACUUAGACUGAAAUUAUUUCCCCACCAUUAAAUUCUUGGCCCUGGCUCUCCAGAGUCUCACCCUGACUAGAAUUUUGUGAGUGGAAAGCUGCUAUAAAAGAGUAUUGCCUAUACCUGCUGGAUAUGCAUAGAUGCUAUUUUAAAGGGACACUGUCAACUUAAUCAGAUGUAAACAAACAUUUCCUCACUUCUUCUAUCCACUAGUAGUAUUAAAUCAUUAUUAGGAACUAAAGAAUUUUUAAAAAUCCAAAGACUUUUUUCAUGUUUGUGCUGUUUACUUUUUGUAUUUCUCUCUACUUGGACAAUGAAAAUCAAUGAGGUCAGUUUCACUUUUGUUUAUAGUCCGUUUCAUUUUCAAAUUCUUAGUGCAGCAAUAUUUGGGUAUCAAACGGUGCGGGAAUGUUUGCCGUGUUUUCAAUGGAUAUCUUUUUAAAAGUGAAAAGACGACUUUGGUUUCUAGAUUCCAUGAAAGCUCAUUUUAACAAAAUUUCAAUGUAGUUGUCCAUGUCCCUUUAAACUUAAAAAAAAAUACCAUCCCUUGACGUGUUCAAAUAACUUGUGUUGUUUAUUCUAGUAGCAGCAAUUAGUUCAACACAAGGAUUCAGGGCAAAAACUCGUUCUAGUACAAUUUCUGGCCAAAAUAGUCUCUGAAACUGGAUUUAGAACAAAACAAACUUAAAAGAAAUGAUCUUGAGGCAAAAAAAAAAAAUUGUAUCAGGAUGCUGACAAAAUUUGAUUGAAGUCUCACUCCCCAUUAAAUCAGAAUACCUGAGCUACAAACUUCCCACUUCCCCCAGAAUAGUCCCUUGGCUAAACAGCUCUCUGAUUUCCCAGAAGCACUGACCACCCAUUUAUGUGUUUGACUCCAAUAGGAGCUGCAGGUGCUCAGCACAGCGGAAAAUCACCAGCAGGUUUGACUGUUUGUAGAGCUGGGUUUUUACAGUUACUGGCCACAAGGGGUCAGCAGAACCGAAGAAGAUGAUGUGACCAGCACAAAGGGAGCCUUAGACUGUAGCAGCAGCAGUGUUUGGCGAGUGAUGUCCUUAAAAUGAACGGGUGCUUCGAAGGUGUUGGGCUGCGAUGCCUUUUUAAGGGUGUCAGCAUGGCUGCCCCUAAGCCUCCAAAAUACCUCCUAGCCUUUGACUUUGAUGAGACGAUCAUCAACGAGAACAGUGAUGACUCGGUCAUCAGGGCUGCUCCGGGCCAGGCGCUUCCAGAGUACAUCCGCCAGACCUUCCGGGAUGGCUUCUAUAACGAGUACAUGCAGCGCAUCUUCGAGUACCUGGGAGACCAAGGGGUCAAGAUGCUGAACUACAAAACCAUCUAUGAGAACAUCCCACUGUCUCCUGGAAUGCCAGAGCUCUUCCAGUUCCUCUCCAAGAACCAAGACCAGUUUGAGAUCAUCCUCCUCUCUGACGCCAACAUGUUUGGCAUCGAGUGCACUUUGAGAGCCGCCGGCGUCUACUCCCUCUUCCGCAAAAUCUUUAGCAACCCCUCUGGGUUUGAUAAGAGGGGCUACCUCACCUUGGGGCCCUAUCACACUCACAAGUGCCCCCAGUGCCCCGCAAACAUGUGUAAACGCAAAAUCCUCACUGAGUACCUGACGGAGCGGGCCCAGGAGGGGGCAGAAUUUGAGAGCAUUUUCUACAUCGGGGACGGGGCUAAUGACUUCUGCCCUUCCGUGGCUUUGACUUCGACAGAUAUUGCUUUCCCGCGGAAGGGCUACCCCAUGCACCAGAUGACCCAGGAGAUGGAGAAAAAGCAACCCAAAGCCUUCCAGGCCACCGUAGUGCCCUGGGACUCAGCUGUAGAAGUUUGCUGCUAUCUGCAGGAGCUCCUCAAGAAGAAAUGCUGAAGACUGAUGGGUAGGAAGAGACUCCUGCUGCCCUUGAGGCAGCUUGGGGGCACUGCAGGAAAGUGAGAAGUUCAGGUGCAUCUCCAUACCCAGUGGCUGAUCUGACUCCAUUUCUAGCUUUGCAGAGUUGGACUCUUUGAACUUCUGGAUUUCUUCCCCCGCCCCCUACUUUUUUUCUUUUAAAAAGCACAUUCUCUGGGUCCCCUUUUCUCCCCCCUCCCCCCGAUCUUGAGACAAGGUCUUUUCUAUGCAGUUUGCACACCCGUUCAGGAGAGUGGGUGUUAGUCACAUAUGUUUAUUUUUACCUUCACCUUGAAUUCUUUUUUCAAGUGAUUCUUUUAUUUUUUUAAAGAAACAAAAACAAACUAGCUCUCAUGAGGCUGUGGAGCGUCCGUACUCCCGUUAGCCCCAAGGCAGGUCUCCGAAUCUGUGACUUGAUCACAGCAGCUGGGGUCCACCUACGUCAUCACCCCCUGCAUGACCCCUCUUCCUCCGCACCCCAUCAGGUGCCUUGAAAUUGGCCUCCUGAGAAUUCCUAACAGGGCUUGCCUCUGUCCAGGAGGCGGGUGGAAGCCUAAUCAGGGGCAGCUUCCAUUCAUAGAGCCACCCUUCCCAUAAACCCUUUUCCCAUAAACCCUUGCUACAUCAAGAAAACAUGGGGGUGGCAUCACAUUCAGGUGUGGGGUUAGGAGGACACUGUUGAUUUAAGUUUCCGUUACAAGUGAUUCACUGACGCACAUUUCUAAGCAAGCAAGAGUGAGAUUUUCCACAGGUACCAAUGGGACUUAGGCACAUCACUGUCCUUUGAAAAUCUCCUCUCCCCCAAGGCUCCAGUUCCCCAGCCCUGUCCCCUCUGAGCAGAUCACAGUGGGAAAGGGCCGUGGAAUAAUGAGAUGGAGGAGGCAGUGUGUGACAUGUAGCUAGAAAGCCCUGUCCCCCACCAAAAUGUAACUAGUUUGCAUUUAAAACACUCCACUGAAUCUGAAUUUCUGAGGCUUGUUUGCACAAGCACACUCAGGAAAGUAAAGUGGAACAAUUAAACUGCAUUAAAUCACUGCCUGGACACUCUCAUUCUGAACUGAAGUGGCCUUAAUUUGGUGUAUUUUAAUUCAAAAGUGAAUUAAACUGAAGUGAAGUAAGGCCACCUUAAUUCUGAAUCAGAGUGUCCACACAGGUUUUAUGCAGUCAGGGCCAGCUCCAGUGUUUUUGCUGCCCCAAGUGGUGAAGGGGAAGAAA